CAUAUCCGAAACACGAACACUCUCUUCAUUGAGUCAUUGACAAUGAAAUUUAUAAUGUUGAGAAUGAAACAUGGCGACUUUAUUAAGCAAAUGCAACGUCAACACGUAAUGUCACAUAAAUAGCGUUAUGCUUUAUUUAAGUUUCCUUACUUACAAACCUGUCCGUAUGUCAUGGGGGUAACAUAUGCUCCAGUAUUUAUAGCAGCAUAUGCAUAUCACAUUGCUGUAACCAUUCCCAUAUACUCUAUCACUGAUCAAAACAAAAAACAAAAACACAAAAAAAAUAUCAUUGAUAAAAAAAAAACAAAAAACAAAAAACAUCUCCUAUCAAUCGAUCAACUUUGUCAUUUGUGGAUGUUGCUCAUAAUCAUCAUCUUCCUCAUAGCUUCUCAAUCAUUUCUUACGAUUAAAAAAAUAAUAAUUACAAACAAGAGGAGUUCCGAUUUGGAAUUGGAGUUGUUUCUUCUUUUAGAAGGCACCAAUUAUUUUGCUUGUUUUGUCCUUCAAGGCAACAACCCCACCACAAAAAGCAAGGAGAAUUUGUGCUUUCUCUGAUUCUUCCCACAAACUAAAGCAAUUUGUGAUUGGAAUGCGACCACAUUGAUUGGUCAAUCGACAUUAAUUACAUUUUGAUCUGAAUGCAAAAUUAAUAUAUUGGUCACAACACCAUUUUUGAUAUUGGGACAAUCAUUGAUUUGAUUUUCCCAUAAACGGAAAUUGGAUUUUGUGUGUGUUUUCUUUGAUGGGUGUUUCCGUUGGUUCACAUUCUCAAAAGGGUUCAUGGGAUUCCUUGAAGUUCUUAACUAGAAGGAAGCAGGUUGAUUCCUCACGUAGGAACGUUGAGCCUCUCCUUGCCAAGGAGCUAAAUAUUCCUGAUCUCAUUGCAGUUGGGGUUGGUUCAACAAUUGGUGCUGGAGUGUAUGUUCUGGUGGGAACGGUUGCACGAGAGCAUGCUGGACCAGCUUUGGCAGUUUCUUUUCUGAUUGCAGGAUUAGCAGCUGCUCUUUCUGCAUUUUGCUAUGCAGAGUUGGCUAGUCGUUGCCCUUCUGCUGGAAGUGCAUAUCACUAUUCAUACAUUUGUCUUGGUGAAGGUGUUGCUUGGUUGAUUGGUUGGUCCUUGAUAUUGGAAUAUACAAUCGGUAGUGCUGCUGUUGCUCGUGGCAUAACCCCCAAUUUGGGUGCACUUUUUGGUGGUGCGGAUAAUUUACCCAUCUUCUUAGCGCGCCAUUAUAUUCCUGGAACAGAUGUGGCUGUGGAUCCAUGUGCAGCAAUCUUGGUAUUAGUUGUUACUGGACUCUUAUGUGUGGGGAUCAAAGAGAGCACAGCGAUACAAAGCAUAGUGACAACGGUGAAUGUAUGUGCAUUGCUUUUUGUCAUAGCAGCUGGUGGUUACGUGGGAUUCAAAUCUGGAUGGGUUGGAUAUGAACUUCCUAUGGGGUUUUUCCCCUUUGGGGUUGAUGGGAUGCUGGCUGGUUCUGCAACAGUGUUCUUUGCAUAUAUAGGUUUUGAUGCAGUUGCCAGCACUGCUGAAGAGGUAAAAAAUCCUCAACGAGAUUUACCCCUUGGUAUUGGUGGUUCACUGUUUCUUUGUUGUGGGAUUUAUAUGAUGGUGUCCGUUGUUGUAGUUGGUUUAGUACCUUAUUAUGCAAUUGAUCCGGAUACCCCAAUAUCAUCUGCAUUUGCUAAUCAAGGGAUGCAAUGGGCAGCUUACAUUAUAAAUGCUGGAGCUUUCACAGCUCUCUGCUCAGCUUUGUUGGGUGGAAUACUUCCCCAGCCACGAAUUUUGAUGUCUAUGGCAAGGGAUGGGCUACUGCCACCUUUUUUUUCUGAUAUAAAUAAGCAGACUCAAGUUCCUGUUAAGGGCACAAUAGCUACUGGUGUUAUGGCUUCAAUCUUGGCAUUUUUUAUGGAAGUCUCUCAACUGGCAGGAAUGGUUAGUGUGGGUACGCUUUUAGCAUUCACCAUGGUGGCAGUGUCUGUGUUGAUCCUAAGAUAUAUUCCUCCAGAUGAAGUCCCAUUGCCUCCAUCUCUCCAGGAUUCAAUUGUUUCGGUGUUAAAGCGGUGUAGUUUGAACAGUGCAGAGACAGAUGUGGAAUAUACAGAUGCUGCAAAUGUUGGUACUGCUGAGGACAGAAAGCCUUUAAUUGUUAAGGAAGAUGUUAUGAUUGAUUUUGCUAAACAUCUUGCUGUAGGCAACCAUCUAAAUGAAGGUAACAGGCGAAUUGUUGUUGGGUGGAUCAUAGCAUUCAUAUGUUUAGGGGCGUUUGUCCUUGCAUACGCUGCUUCAGAUUUAACUCUUCUUAGUUAUAUUCGCUUCGCAUUUUGUGGAGUAGGAGGUGCUCUUCUUUUGUGUUGUUUUGUUUUCCUAACCUGUAUAGAUCAAGAUGACGCACGGCAUAACUUUGGGCACUCUGGAGGUUUCAUUUGCCCAUUUGUGCCACUGCUUCCCAUAGCUUGCAUUCUCAUCAAUUGCUACUUACUUGUUAAUCUUGGAGAUGGUACAUGGUUGCGUGUUUCUAUAUGGCUGGCAACAGGACUACUAGUGUACGUGUUUUAUGGCCGAACACAUAGCUCUCUAAAAGAUGCAAUUUAUGUGCCAGUGAAGCAAGUGGAUGAAAUUUACCAAACUCACACAAGAUGUCUUGCUUAAUUUCUACAAACCAAAUUAGGAGGAAUAUGUCUGUGUGAAGAUUGCUUGCAUCUCAAGCCAAAGAAAAUAGUGCAGUUCCCCCGGUUGAACAUGUAAUCUCGUACAGAAGUGCUUCUCAAGCUUAGGGUCGUGUUUAAUAUUUUUUUUCUUCUCGAGAAGAAUGUCACUGUGGUGUGCCUAAAAUAUAUCUCAUUUGUUCCCUCAUUGUGUACCAUUUGUACGAUAUAUCUUGUUCUGUGUGAGUGACUUAGGGCAUGUUCAAAAGAAUGUAAAUUUAGCUUGAUCUUUGUAAUUUAAAUUCAUCUUUUUUGUUUUGGAACAAUGAAAACAUUAGAGGAGUCUAUUUUCUAAGACGCAGAAAGUGAUGUUGACAAGUUGUACAAAUUUGUUGUAUAUAUAUAUCAUUAAG